AUGGCGUUCGGGAAGAGUCACCGGGACCCAUACGCGACCUCCGUGGGCCAGCUCAUAGAAAAGGCUACAUUUGCUGGAGUUCAGACUGAAGAUUGGGGCCAGUUCAUGCACAUCUGUGACGUAAUUAACGCUGCCCACGAUGGGCCAAAAGAUGCAGUAAAAGCUUUGAAGAAAAGGAUUUCCAAAAACUACAAUCAUAAAGAAAUACAACUUACAUUGUCACUUAUUGACAUGUGUAUGCAGAACUGUGGUCCGAGUUUCCAGUCUCUGAUUGUGAAGAAGGAAUUUGUUAAAGAUAGUCUAGUUAAGCUGCUGAGUCCCAGAUACACCCUGCCAACAGACAUUCAGAAUAGAAUUUUGAAUUUCAUUAAGACAUGGUCACAGGGUUUCCCAGGAGCUGUGGAUGUAAGUGAAGUGAAAGAAGUGUACCUGGACCUUCUUAAGAAAGGUGUUCAGUUUCCUCCAUCAGAUGCAGUGGCUGAAACAGCCAGACAAAAGACUGCUCAGGUCUCACCGAAUCCACCACCAUCUGUUCCUACUGCACCAGCUCUUUCUUCUGUAGUUCCCAAGAGCUCCACUAUUAUAUUGGUCCCAGAACAGAUUGGAAAACUGCACAGUGAAUUGGAUAUGGUGAAAAUGAAUGUGAGAGUGAUGUCUGUCAUACUGAUGGAGAAUAUUCCUGGGUCUGAAAAUCGUGAAGACAUAGACCUUCUGCAGAAACUUUAUAAGACAGGUCGGGAGAUGCAGGAGAGGAUCAUGGACCUGCUCGUGGUGGUGGAGAAUGAAGAUGUCACUGUUGAGCUAAUUCAGGUGAAUGAGGAUUUGAAUAGCGCCAUCCUUGGAUAUGAGAGGUUCAUUCGAAACCAACGAAGGAUUUUGGAGCAAAAUAAGAACCAGAGGGAAGAUGCCAAUACCACCAGGGAACCUUCUGCCCCAUCCUCUGAUCUCCUUGACCUGAGUCGCAGCCCUCUGAUGCAUAGGGCCACCUUGGGAGAACUCAACACCCUGAAUGCUCAGCUUUCAGACUUAAGUAAAUAA